UUUAGUCAUUAUAUAUGUCAUAAUGUGCAAGAAUUUGGAUCACAAAUAUUCACUCUCCCUCGCAAAAAUGGGAUUUCGUUGCUUAGUGAUCUCCAUUUCUGUUCUCUUUGCUCUUGCUCUCGGAGGAGAAAGCCAUGCUCAAUCAAGGGUUUCAGAUGAAGAUUACUGGAAAGCUGUUUGGCCAAACACUCCCAUUCCCACUGCACUUCAACACCUUCUAAAUCCUAUCGCUUCAGGUGUUGAAAUCCAUGAUCAACCCACUCAAAUUGAUGAUACAGAGUACCCGAAAACCUUUUUCUAUGAGCAUGACCUUCACCCUGGCAAAACCAUGAAUGUACAGUUCAGCAAGGGUCUCUAUAAACAACCUGCGACCUUACUCGCAUGGUUAAGGAAAGUUAGAGACACUGAUAAAGAAAGAUAUACUUUUGAUGAGCUAUGCACAAAGAGAGAACCUAUAGAUGGAGAACACAAGUUUUGUGCAAAAUCCUUGGGAACAUUGAUCGGUUUUGCGGUUUCAAAGCUGGGAAAAAACAUUCAAGUACUGUCAAGUUCCUUCGCGAAUAAGCAAGAGCAAUACACUGUGGAAGGAGUGCAGAAUCUUGGGGACAAAGCAGUGAUGUGUCAUGGGCUCAAUUUCCAAACGGUGGUGUUUUACUGUCAUGAAGUGUGUGGAACAAGAGCUUUCAUGGUUUCACUGGUGGCUGGUGAUGGAACCAAAACUCAGGCACUUGCUAUUUGCCACUCAGAUACUUCAGGCAUGAAUCAUGAAAUGCUUCGUCAAAUUAUGGGAGUUGAUCCUGGAACUAACCCUGUUUGCCAUUUCCUUGGCACCAAAGAAAUUUUAUGGGUACCCAAUUUAGCUGUGGACACUGCAUAUCAGACAGAAGUUGUUCUUUAGUCCAUUUUCGAUCCGCACCAUGAGUUUGUUUUUUGUGUGUAUGUUUGUACUUCCUGAUGGUUGGAUGCAAUAAAUAUGUUGUUCUAUGAAUUUCA